AUGGCUGUCCGCGCCAGCUUCGAGAAUAACAACGAGCUGGGUUGCUUCGCCAAACUCAGAAACAGGCAUGGGCUGUUGGUCCCAAGCAGUACAACAGACCAAGAGCUUCAACAUAUCCGCAACAGCCUUCCAGAUUCUGUUCGGAUUCAGCGCGUGGCAGAGCGUCUCUCGGCGCUGGGCAAUGUCACGACCUGCAAUGACUACGUAGCUCUCGUUCAUCCAGAUCUGGACAGGGAGACAGAGGAGAUCUUGGCGGAUGUGCUGAAGGUUGAGGUUUUCAGACAAACGGUAGCAGAUCAGGUGCUGGUGGGAAGUUACUGUGUUUUCAGUAACCAAGGAGGAAUCGUGCACCCCAAAACUUCCAUUGAUGAUCAGGACGAGCUGUCUUCGUUGCUCCAGGUCCCACUCGUGGCUGGGACGGUGAACCGUGGCAGCGAGGUCAUCGCGGCAGGGAUGGUGGUGAAUGACUGGUGUGCCUUCUGCGGGCUGGACACCACCAGCACCGAGCUCUCCGUCAUCGAGAGCAUCUUCAAGCUGAAUGAGGCUCAGCCGAGUACCAUCGCUACCAACAUGAGAGACUCCUUGAUCGACAGCUUGACAUGAGCAGCGCUGGUUCCUCCUUCCCAGAAAGCUCCUAAGGAGUGAAAUGUCAAGCUGCACUUUGGAUUACCGACGUCUGGACCUUCUGAUGUUUCUGCAGGCCUAGCCCAAGUAAAAGGCUACAAAACCAAUCUUCUGUAGCGUUUUGUAAACUAAGUACUAUUACAGAAAGUGACAAAUAACAUA